UUUUAUAUGCAUAGAGGAAAGAAAAAAAAGGUGCUGCAACUCCUCAACCUUACUACUCCAACACAUCUGUCAUUCAUUAUCUACACACACAAACAUGAGAAAUUCAUAACAAUGUAGCCAUAGGCUCCUAAUAAAACCUCAAACCAAAUCAUCACUUAACACUGCUGCAAUGGCCUCAACAUUAGUCUUUGCAUUUUGUUUCUUCUCAUUCCUCCUGCAACUCGAAGCUGCAAAAUCUCACUCAAAUACUAUUAAUAAUCCCCAAAUCACUGUGAUGGGCAUUGUUUAUUGUGACAUCUGCUCCAACAACUCCUUCUCCAGACAUAGCUACUUCUUACCAGGAGUUGAGGUUAGAAUAGAUUGCAUGUUCAAUGCAAUUGCUCCAAGAACUGCUGAGCAAAUAUCAUUUUCAGUGAACAGAACAACAAAUAAAUAUGGUAUUUAUAGGCUUGAGGUGCCUUCUGUUGAUGGAGUUCAAUGCGCUAGAGAUAAAGCUGUGAAAAGCACUUGCCGAGCAACUCUGCUCUCCACGUCGUCUAAGGCCUGCGCCAUCCCAGGGUUUCAGUCGACUUCCGACCAGAUCUCGAUCAAAUCGAAACGAGCCAAUAUGUGCAUUUACAGCCUCAAUGCAUUGAGUUAUAGGCCAUCCAAGAGAGACACUGCUCUGUGUGGGAAAUGAAUCAAUAAUUUGGUUAUCAUUUAUAUCUCUACUUGAACAUUAUAAUGUGAUAAAGGGAUGAUUUUUAGAAUUUCCUGUUUGGUGCAAUCUUUAUAUGUAGUGUUUGGUUUGUUUAGAUAUCCAGUAAAAUGUACAUCUGUUUAAGGGUU